AUGGUGCACCAAUCCCCGGGCAUUCUGAAUAUCCUCUCACCUGCUCGGCUAAUCGAAGAAUACAUAGAUGAAGGUGUAGACCUGAUAUUCUCAGAACGUCUUGAGAACUGGGAACUUGCGACAGAAACGUAUUUAGUGAGAAAGUCACAGCGAUCACUAAGCUUUUUGAAAGGACUCGCCGAUUAUCAUUCUCGCGUACCGACAAGUCUUCAUGAUAAACCUAGCGCUAUCAUUCAUGAGUAUCUUGCCGAGGUGUUUCCACCAACGAACAGCUCUGAUAUCGCAAUCUGUCGUUGGAUUGGUAGCAAACAUCUCCUGACCAGACGGGAUGACCUGUUAUAUCAGGCCUGUGUAAGGCGAGCAUUGAACCCCUACAACCGAUAUUCGAUAGGCGGUGUGAAAAUCUUGCCCAAGGCUUCCGGAUGGGUACGAGAAAGUCGGUGGACGAAUAGUAAAUGGAGUUUAGAAGGAGGUUUCAUGAUGCAAUAUGGAAAUGAUUCCGAUAUGAUGUCGAAUUCCAACACACCAGUACCGUAA